ACGAUAGGCUUAACAGCGCAUGUAUACCGAAUGCGUCAAAUAGUAGUUUCAGCGUUAGCACAUAUAAAACAAGUCGUCGUUACGUUUCAACAUCAUUGAAUGAAAAUAUUACAACCAAUGAAGCCACAACUACCAUCUAUUUUACUGGGACUAUUCAUUGGAUUUCUUGCAAGCCUUUUGGUGCAUUGGAUGUUAAGAGGAAGUUAUGAAAAGCCAUUUGCCAAGAGACUUGAGUCUACUUCCAGUUUACAAAUCAACCAUCUUCGUGCUCUUAUAGAAGAAGUGUCGUGCCGUUCUUUGAAAAUCGGAACACGAGGAGGAUUUUGUCUGUCGCCAACGGACCCGAUAAAAGGAGGUAAUAAUAUGUGGUGUCCGAAGCUUUCAGCAGCCUUAGACAAUUUGUUUAAACACCAAACUGUUGGAGAUUUUGGGUGUGGAUUAGGACAUUACGGUCGCUACCUUCUGAGACGAGGAGAUCGCCUGAUGCCUUAUAGUCCAACAGUGGAGGAAUCGAUAUUUUUAAACAGAUCUGAGGUUGUAGCUGUCUUGAAGGAGCCACAGAAGAUUGCAAGUUGGACUGGUUUCGACGGUGCAGGUAACAUAGAAUCCGUCAUUAAAAACAGAUUCAUCAAAUUCCUAGACCUUUCCGAAGAGCAGCAUCUUCCAGAAAAAUACCACUGGGUGAUGAGUUUGGAAGUUGGAGAACACAUCCCUGUUGUCUUUGAGGACGUUUUCUUGGGAAAUAUUGCUCGCCAUGCUUGUAGAGGUGUAGUUCUGUCUUGGGCAGUGCUUGGUCAAGGUGGACAUCACCACGUGAACUGCCGGAAUAACGAGUACAUCAAAGCCAAGAUGGCGAAGUUGGGAUUUCACAAUGACUUAAACACCGAGGAGUCGAUUCGUAAAGCUACACCUGUCAAGUACUUCAAAAAUACAUUGAUGGUGUUCAAAAGGAAUGAACCACUAAAUGACGAGAAUUGUGUUAGAAGAGCAAACAUAUAAAAUAUCAUUGCAAUUACAUUAAAGUAUAUCUUUCUUACUGCAUUAAAAUCCGUUUUUGGAGCAGUUUCCAUUUUUA